GAUUCGGUUGGGGCAAACCAGAAAAGAAAGGAGCUGGAAUUGAUUAAGUUAUGAAGAAAUGAAGAUAGUAACAUACAACGUAAAUGGACUGAGGCAAAGAGUCUCCCAAUUCGGUUCUCUGCCCAAAUUACUCAAUUCCUUUGAUGCCGAUAUAAUCUGCAUCCAGGAGACGAAGUUGAGAAGACAAGAAUUAGCGGCGGAUUUGGCAAUAGCCGAUGGCUAUGAAUCCUUCUUUUCCUGCACUCAUACCUCCGGUAAAGGCCGAACUGGGUACUCCGGUGUGGCUACAUUUUGUCGUGUUAAGUCGGCAUUCUCAAGUGUAGAAGUGGCAUUGCCGGUUGCGGCAGAGGAAGGCUUCACGGGCCUCUUAGGUUGUUCUAGAAAAGAUGAAGCCGCUUCCGUAACUGAAGGGCUUGAGGAGUUUUCAAGAGAGGAGCUUCAUCAUGUUGAUAGUGAGGGACGGUGCAUUAUCACUGAUCAUGCUCAUUUUGUUCUUUUCAACUUGUAUGGACCCCGAGCUGGGGAUGGUGAUACCGAGAGAAUUCAAUUCAAGCUUAACUUUUUCAAGAUAUUAGAGAAAAGAUGGGAGUCUCUGCUGCGACAAGGAAGGAGGAUUCUUGUUGUUGGUGACCUCAACAUUGCUCCUUGUGCUAUUGAUCGUUGUGAUGCAGGACCCAAUUUUGAGAAGAAUGAGUUCAGAACAUGGUUUAGAUCCAAGCUUGUGGAAUCUAGAGGUUGUUUCUUUGAUGUUUUCAGGGCAAAACACCCAAACAGAAGAGAUGCAUUUACAUGCUGGCCAUCAAAUACUGGUGCCGAACAAUUCAAUUAUGGGACAAGAAUUGAUCAUAUUCUAUGUGCUGGGCCUUGCAUACAUGGGGAGCAUGAUGUGGAGGGACAUAAUUUGGUAACCUGCCAUGUAAAGGAGUGCGAUAUCUUGACAGAAUACAAACGGUGGAAACCUGGAAAUACGCCAAGGUGGAAUGGAGGGUGGAACACUAAGUUAGAAGGUUCGGACCAUGCACCUGUUUAUACAUGCUUAGUGGAUAUCCCAGAUGUCUCGGUACAUAGCACUCCAUCCUUAGCUGCUAGAUAUUUGCCAAUGGUUCAUGGUCUGCAGCAAACUCUUGCGUCAGUUUUAAUGAGAAGGCAAGAUUCUAAGCAAGUCGAAUCCCAUGUAGUAUCUGGUUCAUCUACUGAUGGUAGUAUCAUCUCAGGAGGUUGCAGUCAUGGUGUCAAAAGGUCUAUGGCUAAUAGUGAUGUUCUUGGAACCGAUAUGUCCUGCUGUUCUUCGGAUCAGGAUUCUGAUAAUCCCAUCCUAAAUGUUGGUCAUUCUAAAGAUCUCACAGAGGAGGCUGCUUGUAAUCCUCCAAUUGCAUUCAACAAGCAGUAUGUCGGUUCAUUGCCAAACAAAGAAACGAGGAAAAAAGCAAGAAAAAGCCUACAGCUCUCAUUGAGAUCAUUUUUCCAGAAAAGUUCAAACAUAGAUAAAGGCGUUGACAAUUCUGCUACUGAUAUUUCAACUAGCCAGGCUGUUGCCCUAAACUCUAGCAAUCAGUCCCUGGAAGCUCCUGUGAUAGAUGAUUGUAGAUGCAGCAUAAUGCAGAAUGAAACAAAUGGGAUUUCAUCCUCUCAGGGUCGAGAAAAACUGGAUUGUCUAUGUAGUCCAAAGAAAAAUGACACAAAUGGGAGUGCAUUCUCACAGGGUCAAGAAGAACGAGAUAGAAGUUAUUUGGAGAAACAGAAGAACGGCGACGCGUUACUGCAGUGGCAAAGGAUCCAACAACUCAUGCAGAACAGCAUUCCUCUUUGCAAGGGCCAUAGAGAACCUUGUAUUUCUCGAGUAGUGAAGAAACCAGGUCCUACUUUUGGUCAUAGAUUCUAUGUGUGCGCUCGAGCCGAGGGCCCUUCUUCUAACCCUGAAGCGAAUUGCGGUUACUUUAGAUGGGCUUCUAUGAAAUCUCGGCCGAAGUGAUGGUGAUCUUUCAGCCCAAGUUUGAUGGGAGAAUAUGCAAAUAUACGCUUCCCACUCUGCUCCUCAAUACUGGCAUACAGUUGUAAAUCACUGUAUCCAUUUCAACCUCUUCUAUGCUAGAAAGUGGAGUCUUUCAUUCAUGCUAGAAAGUAUUAUUA